CCUCUGUGUCCUUUUGUGUGUUCACCUGCAAAGAUGUGUACGGGAGCGUGCGCCAAGGUCAUCGCCAUACCCCUCUAUAUCCUGGCGUUGCUGUCCAUCAUCUGCAACAUUGUGCUCUUCUUCCCCGACCUCAAAACCGAAUAUGCGGCCGAGGAUCGUGAGGGACUGCCCCGGAUCACUGAAGAAGUUAAAUACAUGGGGGGAGUGAUCGGAGGAGGCAUAAUGGUCCUCAUUCCUGCCAUCCAUAUUCACCUGACCAGCUCUGGCAAAUGCUGUGCCAACCGCUGUGGGAUGUUCCUGUCCAUCGGCUUCGCGGCUGCGGGCGUGGUCGGGGCCAUAUACAGCUUGAGCGCGGCUGCCCUCGGACUUUCCAACGGUCCGCUGUGUAAGUGGAGCAAUCUGCAAAAUCCCAUUCCAAAAUGGGGGGUUCCCUUUGCAAACAGCACUGGGAGCUACCUGACAGAUAAGGAUAUGUGGAAAUGGUGCAAACUCCCCGAGAAUGUCGUUGAAUUCAACGUGGGGCUGUUCUCCACCCUUUUGGCGGCGGCCUCCCUUGAAUUGAUCCUCUGUCUCAUUCAAAUGAUCAACGGGCUUUUCGGAUGCAUCUGUGGCACUUGUACCGGAAAAGAGUAAGCCAGCCGGAUAAACCCCGAAAGACGAGACGACCUGCAUCGACGCCAUCGAGCGUUAUCGACUUGAGCUCCGUUUCACAAUUGAAAAUGGACACUUUGGGAAAUCAUUGCUACCUCGUCUUGGCUCUCCAUAUUGGUCGAUUAUGUGAUUCCAUUCUCUGCUUUCUCAAUCGCUAUGCUACAUUUCCGUCUGUGUUUGAAGAUAUUUUGUAAUAAAUCUCCCAAUGAAAACAACGGCUUCGUGUUUGACAGGACAAAAUAGAAACUUUGUUAUGAGUAUCUGCAAUCCUCCGUUUUUCCUAACACUUCCUCUGAGCCUUUAUUUAGUCUGACAGGCUGGAUUAAGAGGACAGAGGGGACAUGUUGUUGGAGUGGGGGGUUGUGGAAGCAAGUGGUCAGGUUUCAAGUCUGGCAUGGAGACUCCAUGGGGAAUAAACGUAUGUUUAGCCGCUAACGGGAUACUGCACAGCCAAAUAUUUCUUUGUGCGUUCUGGAGAUGAACUUUAACUGGCUGCCAUAUGCAGAUGAGGACUUGACUGCAGGCUACAUCAGCAAAAAAAUUCCAAGACCAGGUGAGUAACCGGGGCACAUUUGUGUGUGAAAUUUCAAGUCAGACUUGGUGGGGGAGGGUUUUGGCCCAUUGUAGCUGUCGAGUAAGAGCGGCACUUGUGGUCCAGUGAAACUCAAUGCUGUCUUUCUGCAUGAAUUGUGUCAGAAAUUCCAAUCCAGUUAGUUUAUGGGGAUGAGGAAAAAUCAAUUCUCGAUUGCAGAUGGUAUCAUUGUAAAUCUGGCAUUAAUUAACAUAGCUCCCAUCAGUGAAAAAUUAAUGUGGAAUCACGCAAGACAUUCCAAGCUUUGAUUUUCAGUGUGCUUCAACUUUCACAUUCUUUUUGUUCCGAACGUUUUGGGGCCAAGUACAGACAUGUUGAAAUGUGGGUAAAAGCUGGAGCUCUGUGAAGGAAAUUCUGGUGUCGUAGCUUCUUGUGGUUGCUUGCGUCUUGCUUUAAGGCCAGUUCUCAUUCCCCACUUAUCAGCUUAUGGUGUAAGCAUUUGGCACAACAGUUGGGAGUAAUCUUGUUUGACUGAUC